CGACUACAACCACCAUGCACUCUCUUCGCAGCGAUAUCAAGCUCCAGCAUGCCGCUCUCCCGGCCAACGAGCACACAGAGCUGGUCGCAGACGUCUCCGAGGACGAGGACGAGCUGCUGGCAGAGCUCGACUUCCCUGCGGUGAACAGCCAGUUCGAGACCUCCACGAUCCUGGCAGAGGCAGCGCCGCCGCGCGUCUUUCGUCGAUCGCAGAGGACAGGACGUGAAGUCAAAUCAGGGUCAAGGCGUCAAUGCGAUGUGCUGCAUCGAGGUCUUCGCAAUCGCCAGGUUGGAAGAGAUCUCAACAAGGCAAACGAAGCAAGGCGACUCGUGCAACUACGUGUCGUACUUCUGUAAGCGGCGUUCAAGAGAGAGAGGAUGUAGCUUUGUAAAUUAAGUGUGAAUACAAGAUGAAUCG